AUGUCGUCUUCUUCUUCUUUCAUCUCAUCACUUUUGAUUCUUCUUCUGAUAUUGGCCAUUCUGUGUGGUGCUGCGUUUUCACAAAACGACGACGUAGGUGAUUGUAGCGAUGAUUUUUGGAAGCUGAUGAAGAAUAAAGGAAACACCACAAGGUGCAAGAGUCUUAGGACUCUGGGCGCCGAGUUUGGGUGGACCAUCCAACUCCGAAACGGCACCAACGGCUCGACGUUCGGCCUCGACAUGACGUUCGGCGCCAGCCUAACGAAGGAACCGCCCGCCUGGAUAGCUUGGGGGGUGAACCCGGGAAAGCGGCCGGAGAUGAUCGGAACAAAGGCCAUUAUCGGCAUUAUUCCGAACAGCGAUAACUCAGGGACAGAGGUGAGAACGUAUGAGAUUACGAAGGAGACGAGAAUGGGAUGCCACCUGGGACCAUCCGAGAAUCUUGCAGGGGUGCAAGUUGGGAACACGUCAAUAGCGUACGAUCAAGCGAGUGGUCUGUACACAAUCUCCGCAAGGCUGGAGCUUAAUUCCACCAUGUACAACAAAUCGAGGCUGAACCAUGUGUGGCAAAUUGGGGAGAAAUUGAAUGACGAUAAUAACCCUCAGAGCCACCCAACCACCUUGCGUAAUGUUGAUAGCACGGAGACCAUUGACUUGGAUACCGGCCACAGCUUUGGACAAAACAGGGCUCUCCUAAGAAAGAUACAUGGAGCUUUGAACAUAGCUGGAUGGGGAACCUUUCUGCCCAUAGGAGUGAUUGUGGCGAGGUACUUCCGAGUGUAUCCGUACCAUUUCGAUAAAUGGUGGAAGUACUUGCACGUUGGCUGCCAAUCUGCAGGCUUCAUCAUAGGGACUUGCGGAUGGGCUAUUGGACUCUGGCUUGGCCACGCCUCCAAAUAUUACAGCUUUCAGACUCAUCGCAUUUUUGCCAUCUUCAUCUUCACUUUCACCACCAUCCAAAUGUUUGCAUUGCGGUUAAGGCCGACCGAAAAAGAUGAGUACCGAAAAUAUUGGAACAUGUACCAUCAUUUCCUAGGGUACGGACUACUGGUGAUCAUAAUCAUGAACAUCUUCAGAGGCAUUCACAUUCUCCAAGCUGGCCAGGGAUGGAAAUGGGCUUACGUUGGAAUUCUUGCUUUUCUUGGUGCCAUUACAUUGGGUUUAGAGUCAUAUACUUGGCUCAAGUUCUGUGUUCACAAACAAAACCAGCAGAAAAAGAAGACGACCGAACCUGAAGCAGGAGCUGAAGACAAACCCGCCAAGGCAUGAAACAAAUCAUUUAUGUUUUUGGUCUCUCUCUCUCUCUCUCUCACACACACACACACAUCCCCACCCACCAUGAGCAUUUUUUUAUGUAUUUAUUUAAAUAUACAUGAUUUUCUGAAUGUUGUAUGUUUUCUAACUUGUUUAAUUUGAAAUAAGAACAUGUUUUGUUUAUUUCU